AUGAUUUCGAAAUUAUUCGCCAUACUGGAUCUGCCCCCAGCUGAUCCUAUCGCAGCGAAGCUUCCACUUCUGGGAUCUGCUUGGCCCAUCUUGAUUAUACUUAUUAGCUACCUUUUCUUUGUCUUAAAAUGUGGCAAACUAUUUAUGGAGAACCGCCAACCUUUUAACAUAACUAAAAUAAUAAUUUGGUAUAAUCUAUUCCAAGUUAUUUAUAAUUUUCUAACUUUUUCUGCUGGAAUCUACGUCUUCUUCAUUAAACCAAUAUACAACUUGGAUUGCAUGCCAACUCUUGCUCUGGACCAUCCCAAUAAGAAUACUGAAAGAGCAUUAUCCUAUAUUUAUUUCAUCAAUAAGAUAAUAGAUCUUUUGGAUACCAUCUUCUUUGUGCUUCGAAAGAGUUACAAGCAGAUUACAGGACUGCACGUCUACCACCAUGUAGUGAUGAUCUUUGUCAUAUAUUGGGUGGUUAGAUUCUACGGAGUAGGAGCACAAUUUAUGGUCAUGGGACUCCUAAACACAUUUGUGCAUACCGUGAUGUAUUUUUAUUACAUGCUUUCUGCGAAAGUUUACAGUUCAUGAUUUCGUUGUCUGCUUCAUUAUUCAUUGUAAUGUUUACGAAUUUUUACAUUAAGACAUAUAACAAGGCUCGUCAACAGAAGCAGCAUUAAGAAUUCGGAAUUAUGAAUUGUAUAUAAUUUUAAACCAAUGUAAUUUUAAUAAAUGGGAAAAGAGUG